AUGGACAACGAGCAAGAAUUCAAUGGAAUUCAUGUGCAGUUCGCCCUCGACGGCACUGCCGUCGCCUUUCUGUGCCUCUGUGUUGUGCUUAUGGCGUUUCCGUGCUCACCUGUUGGGAGGGCGAUAAUGCACAAUAUGCAGGGUGGUAUCGGCCACUGCCCUAGCUGCAGGUGUGCGCUCGUGCCUGCGGCCACCGCCUCCUCCUCCAACGUCGACGGCGACGACAACAACGAGGAUGAAGACAAGGAGGAUGAGGGCAAUGACGAGGAAGGAGGAAAGGAUAAAUGCGACUAA